AGCACACUACACACUUAAGCUUAAAAAACCUACAUAAAGGUUUUUUUUUAUACCGUGGACUUACUUCAAACAAAAAACUAAACAUCCCGAUAUAACAAAAACAACAACAACAAACGCGUUUCCCGGCAAAAUAAUAUAAGCCCUGAUCUCGCAUUUCCCUUUCCCUGUUGUUCUGCGCUGGGAUAUCUGUGUAAUAAUAUGAGAAUGUUUAGUGGUAUUUGAGAUUGAUCGCGAUCAGGCUUCUGCUGGGAAACUUACAUACGACGUUGUUUUUGUUUUUUAUUGUAUUGCUAAAAAAAUCCAAGCUCCAAUUGCUGAAACGAAAAAAAAAUGUUUUAUUCUUCCGUAGGAAUGGCUGACGAGUGGGACGACGUAGAGCAGGAGAGUUCUGGAAAGGCUUUCGGAGGUGGCGGCUAUGGCCAAUAUAAUGGUGGAGAGGAAGAAUCAGGAGGAGGAGGAGGUUGGAAACCAGAUGCCUACGCGAAUGGAGAUGAUCAGGAAGAUGGAGGUGGUGGCGGCGGAGGCGGAGGAUAUGGUGGUGAUAGUGGCCGAGGAAGAGGACGCGGACGUGGUCGUGGAGGCGCUCGCGGAAGAGGAGGUGGUGGCGGCCGGUACAAUGGACGCGAAAAUGGCGACAACAACGAUGAAGGCGGCGGUGGUUAUGGCGGAGGUGGUUACGGCAGAGGUGAUUCAAAUGAUUACGGUGGUGGUGAUGAUCGCCGAGGAGGUGGACGUGGUAGAGGGCGAGGACGUGGUGGUGGCCGAGGCGGACGAGGUGGUAGAAAUAGCGAUGACUACAAUUCUUCCUUUAACAACAACAAGGGCGAAAAUGAGAAUGGCGAGGAUGGCGGCGAGCCACAGAAACCUCGAGAAUUCUACAUACCCCCAGAACCAACAGACAACGAGGAUGAGAUGUUCAAUCAGGGCAUCUCAACUGGAAUUAAUUUCGCCAAAUAUGAAAAGAUUCCAGUCAAGGUUUCUGGUGAAAAUCCCCCGCCAGCAUUUACUUGCUUCGAAGAAUCCGGCCUUAGAGGACUCGUUUUGGAUAAUGUCAAAAAAUCCGGGUACAUUGUCCCAACUCCCAUUCAAAAAACUUCGAUUCCUAUAGUUUUGGAUAAACGUGAUCUCAUGGCAUGUGCCCAGACUGGUUCUGGAAAAACAGCAGCCUUCCUCUUGCCUAUUAUCCAUGGACUUUUAUCCGAUAGCACUGAUCUCUCCAUAGGAAAACCUCAAGCUUUAAUUGUCUCACCCACUAGAGAAUUGAGUAUUCAAAUUUUUAGUGAAGCUCGAAAGUUUGCACUUGGGUCUUAUUUGAAGAUAAGCAUUGUAUAUGGUGGCACAUCAUCAAAACAUCAAGGAGAAAAUAUUGGGAAAGGUUGUCACAUUCUAAUCGCUACCCCUGGCCGUCUAUUGGACUUUGUUGACAAAGGUUUUAUAACAUUUGAAGAUACACGUUUUAUUGUGUUAGAUGAAGCCGAUCGCAUGCUUGAUAUGGGUUUCAUGGAAUCGGUUACAAAAAUUAUGAAUCAUCCAACAAUUCGACCAAUGGAAGAACGUCAAACAUUGAUGUUCUCGGCGACUUUCCCCGAAGAAAUUCAACGAUUAGCUGGACAAUUUUUGAAUAAUUACAUAUUCGUUGCUGUGGGUGUAGUUGGUGGAGCUUGUUCGGAUGUUAAGCAGAAUGUAUAUGAAGUUUCAAAAUUCCAAAAGAGAGCUAAGUUAUUGGAAAUUUUGAACGAAGAUCCGGAGGGCACAAUUGUGUUUGUGGAAACGAAGCGUGGAGCUGAUUUCUUGGCUUCCCUUCUCUCCGAAACCGAAUUCCCAACAACCUCAAUUCAUGGCGAUCGCUUGCAAAGUCAACGUGAAAUGGCAUUGCGAGAUUUCAAAACUGGUAAAAUGAAAGUAUUGAUUGCUACUUCCGUCGCAGCUAGAGGACUCGACAUCAAAAACGUCUCUCAUGUAAUUAAUUAUGAUCUGCCAAAGAGUAUCGAUGAGUAUGUCCAUCGAAUUGGUCGUACUGGACGUGUCGGAAACGAUGGUAAGGCUACUAGUUUCUAUGAUCCCGAAGCGGAUAGUGCUCUGGCAGGAGAUUUGGCAAAAAUUCUCAAACUGGCAGAUCAUCCGGUGCCCGACUUCUUGCUUAAUGCUGGCGGUGGUGGUGGAGGCGGAAACUUUGGCAACAAAUUUGGUGGAAGAGAUUUCCGAAACAAGGGAAAUGAUAACUUUAAUAACAAUGGAAAUUCUGCACCAGCGGCUUUGGAAGAAGAAGAAGACUGGGCUUAAAAUCGUUUUAAUGCUACUAAGAUAUUUUUCCUAUUUUGAUUGGAGUGUGGUGUUAAGUUUUUUCUUUCCUCUUGAUUUUAAAACUCAUAAUUUUUUAAGUAGCUUGAAGCUAUGACUUGUUUAUUUUUUUCUUAUUAUUUUAGCUAUUAUCAAGAGUAUAAGUACAAACUUUCGAUUUGUACGCGUUUAAGUUACCUAUUCGUAAUAAUUACUACUAUUUAGGCUUUACAAAAAAAAAAAAAAUAACGUGAAUAGAAUUCUUAUUGAAAACUGACAAGAAAUGUAAUCUGCGUUGUUAAAAAGAAAAAUUAAAAUAAAAAUACA